UUUGAUGCUGGGGUCAAACUGAUGUGCUCAAAGCUCUCUGUGCACACUUUGUUGUUAAAGCGGAUUGUUGAACAGCGAAAUGAUGCUUAACAUUUAGGGAAGUUUUAAUAGACAACAUUGUUGUUAAAUUAUGGAUUUGAGUUGAAAGGGACAGAAAUAUGCCGCUUUGACAACUCCAAUUCUUCCUGUCUGGAAGCUGAUUGGCUAAGUUAAACGUCGGCUCAGCGUCUGUCAAGUAUGUUAAGUCUUUGUUUUAUAGUAUCAGAGCUGUUGUGUUUGUCAGUACAUAUGCAGAAUCAACUUUAAUAUCGAUGCACCCAGAGCAUUGGGGUUAAUCUGCAGCCACCAUUGCAAGUAACGUUACAAAAAGUGAACACAAGCUAGCGAGCUAGCAUUAGUGAGUUAGUUAGCUUGCUGGCUAGCCAGCGUUAGCGAACAGCCUGGGAUAAAUAUAUCCUUAUAUCAAGGGUUCUGUCAAAGGAUCGCUCAUUCAUUACAUUUUCUGCCAUGUGUGGGACGAAUCGUCUUCAUCUGCCGGUUUGCCUCCCUCGGCUUUUGUUAAUUAUCCUCAUGGUUUACUUGAAAACAACUGAAGACAGCUUGCCGUCUUAGUCCUCUCUCAGCCUUCCUGACAGUGCAGCUGUAUAUUUACAGGUGCAGCUCCGAUAUGACUAAGAGAAGCCCGUCUCUUCAGCUUGUCAAAAGGAUGCUGAACCAUCACUGCAGAAGGAACCCUGAGCUUCAUGAGGAGCUGCAGAUCCAGGCUGCGGUGGCAGCGGGGGAUGUCUGCACUGUCAGGAGAAUGCUGGAGCAAGGAUACUCACCCAAGAUCCGCGAUGCCAAUGGCUGGACACUGCUCCACUUCUCUGCUGCCAAAGGAAAAGAGAGAUGUGUUCGAGUCUUUCUUGAGCAUGGAGCUGACCCCACAGUGAAGGACUUUAUUGGGGGCUUCACAGCACUUCACUAUGCUGCUAUGCAUGGCAGAGCGCGCAUCGCCCGACUGAUGCUGGAAUCGGAGUUUCGCAGUGACAUUAUAAAUGCAAAAAGCAACGAUGGCUGGACGCCUCUGCACGUGGCUGCCCACUACGGUCGAGACUCGUUCGUACGCCUCCUCCUCGAGUUCAGGGCCGAGGUGGACCCGCUGAGUGACAAAGGGACCACACCACUACAGUUGGCCAUCAUCCGUGAGCGCUCCAGUUGUGUACGGAUCCUUCUGGACCACAGUGCCAACAUUGACAUUCAAAAUGGCUUCCUCUUGCGAUAUGCCGUCAUCAAAGGCAAUCACUCAUACUGCCGCAUGUUCCUGCAGAGGGGAGCGGACACUAAUCUGGGACGUCUGGAAGACGGCCAGACGCCCUUGCACCUGUCUGCCCUCAGGGAUGACGUGUUGUGUGCCCAGAUGCUCUACACGUACGGGGCGGACACCAACACCAGGAACUACGAGGGCCAGACGCCGGUAGCUGUUUCUGUUAGUAUGUCUGGGAUCAGCAGGCCGUGUCUGGACUUCCUACAGGACGCCACCAGACAACCUCGGACUCUACAAGACAUGUGUCGAAUAAAAAUCCGUCACUGCAUUGGCCUUCAAAGCUUAAAAUUGUUGGAAGAUCUACCAAUUGCAAAGGUUAUAAAAGACUAUUUAAAACAUAAGUUUGACAAUGUGUGAAGGGAAUCACAAUAGAGGAGGAGAGGGUGAACUCUCUGCUAUCAUUUAUAAAGACUAUGCAAUCAAUAUGCUCCUUGUCUGGAAGACGUGUCCGCAGUUGUGUUGUGAACAUGCUGAAGGACAGUUAGUCCAUCCGUCAUCCAGUUCAGAAGGUUUCUGCUCAUGUUUUCCAUUUCAGCCUUUUUACAGUUGGAGCAGUGGCUGAAGAAUGGAAAUGAAUCCAGCUCAUGUGAGCAAAGGUUGUGUUUUUUGUUUGAGAAAGAACCUUGUUUGACAGAUAGCAUUGUUACUACAGUUAACAUUAUUCCCAUUUACGUUUUCACUGUAAAAAUGUGCAUGAUGUUAUCCUAGCUGGGUCUGAUUGUCAUCAAGUGCAGAGUUGCCAAUGAGUCUUUUUAUCUGAGAUAUAGGAAGCUAAACUCAAAUUGCUGCAGUGAGGAUUUUCUUUUUGAAUCAAAAUCAGCAAAGUGUUGAGCUACUUGGACAAUGAUGGCUUAAAAAAAACACUGGACAAGUGAGUCUAAUUCCCAAAAUAGCCUCGUUCCAAACACCUGAAUCAGCACCAACAUCUCUGAAUUGUUCAAUGACACAUUUAGCAAACAGCACUUGUGAUGUGCCCAUUACAGCGACUUCCAACAGUUGACUACAACUCCCUAGUAGGGAUGACACAAAUCUCCAAAUCCACUUUAUGGUUCGAUUUCCCGCUCAAUUGUUCGAGUCUUGAUUCGUAAAGAUCAACAGGUCAUAGGUUUUAUACCUUACUAAGACAGGCUACAUGGUACCACGAUGAUAUAUUUACCAUAUGAUUUGGGAAUGUACUUCGAAGUUAAAAUUGGUCGUAAUCUGUGCAGUGCCUGCUUAGCAUAAUAAUAAUAUGGGAGUGUAUCUGGAACAAAGAAUCACAAAUACAUGACAGCAGCGAGGAUAUAACAUGCAGUGGAAAUGAUCAGGACUUGAGUUCAAUGGAUAAAAAUAAUAUUUUGACAGUUGAACAUUGAAAGUGUUCUGUGUGAUCAACUAUAAAUGAAUCCUAUUCUACACUAUGAGUACAUUUGAGUUUGGAGUAAAUGCUCUGUGGUAGAAUUCUCUUCAGAAAGCACAACAGUUACUCACUGAAGCAGUUGUUGAUGGAAUCAUGACUAAUAAGGUCUGUUUUGAUUAACACUUACACAAUCGCUAGAAGCUACAGUCAAUGUAAAUAUAUUACAUGUACAACAGAUAUUUUUGUAGAAUUUAUUUAAGCAAUGAUCUCUGGUAUUCUUAAUGUAUUUAAAGUUUGGGAAGUAUUGUGAUCUGUUUGGUGUGACAAGUAUUUUUACUUUUUGAUGUGUCUGAGUUCAAGUACUCUGUUAUACAAGAAUCAUUUGGAAUCAACAUUGUUGGGUGCUUUCUUAAAAUUCAUCAUCUCUUGCAGGUAACUCUGUUGAGAUCAUACUGUGAAUUUUUCCUUUUUGACAAUUCAAAAUAAAAUCUAGGAUUUGGGAUCUAAAUAAUGCCCACGCCACAAGACAUAUUUGUUUCUUCGUCUCUGCAUGUGUUCGUAUGUGGCACCUGAAAUUGGUUUUCCUAAAAUGUUGUGUUCACAAAUCCAUUCUAACAAGUUUCACUUUCAUCAACAUGUCUGUCAUAUUCAUAUUUAAAUUGGCAUGUUUGUCAGCAUCUUUGGACAUUUAGUGACUUUAAACAGGCAGUAUGUGGGGAACUAUAGGAACAUGGAAAGUGGGGUGUGGAGGUUAGGGGAGAUGCAUUGAAUAAAUGUUUUUAACAACUAAGACCACAACCACAAAGGUCUGUGUGUACUGUGUCCCGUUUCAGGACCUGCAUCUGCCAAAGUCUGCCUUUUGAAAAUGGAAUACAUUGUGACAGAUUGACAGGACCCAUUUUAUCGGCUCCCCCGAAUGCAGCCUUCUUUUUACUUGAUGUGAAAGACACUGCCUGUGUGUCCUUUGUGUUCCUAAAGGCCCCUUUACACUGUGUGUAACGGUUAAUGCUAACAAAACUCAUUGUGUAUCCUUGAGGUCCAACAAACAUGUCGAGUGCAUGUCCUCCCUCUACUGACAUUCCUCAAACCCUGCGUUGUUUACGUCUAUGUUUAGUCAGCACUCUAUUUCCUCGUUACCUUUGUUGGGGCAAUGUUUGGUUUCUUCAGCAUUGCUGCUACCUGUCAAUCCGUGGAAUAGGACCAAAUUCUGACUGCUGCUUAAACAUACCAACCAAUCAGAAUGCAGCAUUAAAUACACUGUGCAAUGCAACAUUGUAAGAGUCCAUAAACAUAUAUACAUUAGAAAAUAUAUAUCUAUUGUCUUUACUACUUUUUUAAUAAAGUGUCAGUGCUGUGGCUGCACUUUGAAAUCAUGAUGUGAGUAUAUGACAUCUCUGCUUGUAAAUAUCUUUUCUAUUUCUAUGUAGAUUCACCAAAGCUUCAUCACACAAUCUGACUUGCCUCCAAAUUGAUAUUGCAGAUUGCAAACAAAAUGUUAUUAGACCAUCUCACACAAUGUGAGUAAGAAUAAACCUGUAAGGUUGCUGUUCUCACCCAGUGUAGAGGGGCCUUGAUUGAAUGCUGCAUUGGUAAUUGUUUUGUGGUGGCCUUAAAGUCUGCUAAUGCGUUUGGUGACCACUUUGUAUUUACCAGUUGAUUGGGUUGAGUUGGUCAUCAGUCGUUUGCAGUUUAAAUGUAAUAUUAAGUUGACAUUGACUACAGAUUUGGAAGAUUGAGUUUACCUCUGGUAUGUACUACUUUGUCAGUCAUUUUGAGAUGCUUUUAUUUUGAUAGGGAGCCUCUGAAUUAGUUUGGGCUUUGUGAAGGGCGAGUGUCUCUUGGUGCCCUGUAGCCCUCAGUCUUCUGAAUGAUACACUUGUGUCGGCUGUAUCCUGCAGGCAGUUGCUGAGUGUUUGUUUAAAUAGGCAUUUAUUUUCCCUAAUUUAAGAAUGUGUUUUGUUUCUCAUUUUGCAUAUGGCUACUGUUUGUGAUGGUCCUGGGGCAGUUUUACUGAUUUCUUUAAUCAAAUUGAUUUGACUAUUACUGCCAAUUCUGUUGGUGAUACUUUCCGAUUCGCAACAUCCUGAAUGCAGCCUCCUCCAUUUUGACUCUAAUCAUUUUGAUUAUGCAGUAUUUCCAGAUGUGAGUGAAAAUAAACACUGACAUCCAGCAUUCAUCAUGCCAGAAUAUUCUCCACCACAUUUCAGUUCUGUUUUAUGUUCCAUAUUGUCCAUCUUUCUGUACCUGAUUCUGGAUUUGAUACGAUGCCAUUUUGCAGCAGUGGUUUUGUAUUGUGUGUGUGUGUGUGAAUGAGUUUUUCAUACAUUGACUGCCUUCUCCAAUCGGUUCCUCAGCAGACUUUGGUCGUCACAGUCAGGGAAACACUUCAUACAUGUCUUAUGUGGCUAUCAAAUGGCUGUAAGUCUUCCACACCGUUAACUACUGAAUGUACAGAAUAUGCAGAUUUUCAAACGUAAAAAGCAAAAUGUGUGAAUAAACAAAAGUUAACGUUU